AUGGGUAUCAUUUCAACCAUGACGCAUCGCAUGCGCAAUAACCGCCUCUCCAAAAGACUUUCCAUCUCAAGCUCCAAGCUCGAAGACGAGGACUCAAACGACCUCAUCAAACCCACCGAAACAACAUGUCUGACACGCCCAAGCGUCGAAUCAACAACCACAAUCGUCCGUCAUUCAUUUCACGAAACCCUCUCAUCAGACCGUCCAAAGAAACUCCAUCUCCAAACCAACAUAAACAUGAACAUGCACACUCUAUUCGACAAAACACCUGUAUCACCAGGCGAUCGAUCCGCAGGAGCCUUUUCAAACCCAGAAUACCCAGUCUUCAAACUAGACAUGUGCGAAGCGCCAUUCGAGACACCAAAAUCACUACAAGGGCCCAUGCAGACUGGUGACUGGCGGGAUCAAAGCACGAGUAUUAAGAAUGGGUAUUAUAAGAGCUCGGAUUGUUCUUCGAUAACGGCUGUGGAGGAACCGAAGAAGGAGAAACGAUCUAUGAAGACGCUUUGGAAGAGGCAUUGUGGAUUGAAUAUUCCUCGUUCGUCACUUUCGUUGAAGACGAGUAGUUCAUCGCCUAAGUGGUUGGAUUCGGCUGGGGUGGGGGAUGAGGAGGCGUUGGUGGAUAUGAAGAAUGAGAAGUUGUUGGAGGUACAUUUGCAAAAUCGGAAGAAAAGUAAUAAGGGAAGUUUUAGAACGCCUUGGUCAUGA